AUUCCUCCACCGCCUACCCCCCUCAUCCUCCACUCUUUUCUCCUCUCGAAUCAAUCUUGAUCGAAAGAAUCAUAACUUUGAUAUAAUGCAAGCUAUUCCAUACGGAUCAUGGGCGUCUAGCGUCCACUUGUCGUCGACACGGGAAGACGUUUCAGUUUCUGCUCCGGUGUCGGCCGCCACGGUGGCAGCCACCGUGAAAAAGCUGGUGUCCGAGAAUGCGGUUAUAGUCGUAGGGAGGCGCGGCUGCUGCAUGAGCCACGUGGUGAAGCGGCUGUUACUCGGCCACGGCGUGAAUCCGACGGUUUUCGACGUGGACGAGGAAGACGAUGCCGCUGUUGUUGUUGAACUACGUAAGAUGAUGACGAUCGUCGGAUACGAGAGUGUUAUUGACAAUUGGCCGCAGUUUCCGGUGGUUUUCGUCGGCGGGAAGUUUUUUGGUGGGUUGGAAAGGGUUAUGGCGACGCAUAUCUCCGGCGAGCUAGUACCGGUGUUAAAAGAAGCUGGAGCUCUCUGGCUUUGACUUCAUUGAAUUAGUUACCAUCUACGGAGUGGUUUAUUUACGUUUUUGUUCUUCGAUCUGGGUUGUCUGGAUAUUGUGGUAGCUGGAUGUUGUUCCUUUUGGAGGAUUAAAUGAGAGAUGGGAAUGGAAUUCCAGGAUAUGCAAGCAACGUUUAAUUUGGUUUUCCUAACGUAACGUGUAUAUUCUUUUGGAAGUAAUGCAGAGAGAGUUUUAAUUCCAGAUAAUAUUAGCAUGUCAUUUUCUUCUCG